AUGGGCCGCAUCUCGGAAUACCUGGUCAUUGGCCGGCACUUGCCGACGGAGAAGGAGCCUGUCCCGGCUCUGUACCGCAUGCGCAUCUUUGCGGCGAACGAGACCAUCGCCAAGUCGCGCUUCUGGUACUUCGUGCGUCAGCUGCGUAAGAUGAAGAAGGCUACCGGUGAGAUUGUCACCGUCAACAAGAUCGAGGAGCGCAAGCCCAACAAGGUGAAGAACUUCGCCAUCUGGCUCCGCUACAACUCGCGCUCGGGUACCCACAACAUGUACAAGGAGUUCCGCGCCCUCAGCCGUGCUGAGGCAGUUGAGCUCAUGUACCAGGACAUGGCUGCCCGUCACCGUGCUCGCUUCGGCAGCAUUCACAUUUUGAAGGUGGCCGAGAUUGAGAAGACGGCUGACAUCCGCCGCCCUUACAUCAAGCAGCUCACUGCCAAGAACCUGCGCUUCCCUCUGCCUCACCGUGCGUCGCGCUCGGCUGGCAUCUACGCUGGCAAGCGCCCCUCGACCUUCUACUAA